AUGACCUCCACAAUCCUUCCUGCAGAGCUCUUCCGCCACAUCUUCUCGCUGCUCCAUCUCAAUCAGCUUGCGUCUUGCGCCUUAGUCUCCAAGAUAUGGCACGCUCACGUCACGCCACUCAUGUAUGAGUCUAUCGACCUGACCUGGCGCCGUCCCAUAGCUAUGUGUGACCGUGGUCUCGAUAGCCUUCUUCUCGAUCCUUGCCCUUGUGAGGACAUGGGCUUUUGCGAC